GGCGACACUUAACAAAUGUUUCAGCAAUUUUAUUCCUCGAUUCGAAACAGUUUCUAACGUAUUUUCUUUUCGGGUAAAGUGACGCAAGCUAACCGUUCAUUCAGGGCGUUAGCAUGUAUGCUCGCAAACCCGUUCAAAUGAGCGAAACAGAAGCGUACGUAAACACAAUGUCCUCACAAAACUACCGCUAGUUUUUAUGAAAGAGUAUCAACUUCCAACAAUUUCUAUUGGCAAUAAAGGCACAAUGGACUGGAGUCCCUCAGCUGUCCAGGUGGCCCUCUUGGCUACCAGCUCGGCCCUCACUGGUGUCUUCUACAACGUGUACAGGAACAAAGCAGCGACGGUGACCAAAUUAAAGGAUGCCAAGAAAGUUUCCAUUGACCAGGAUUUGAAAAUGAUCCUGUCUGAAACACCGGGAAGAUGUUUCCCUUAUGCCGUCGUUGAAGGUGCCGUGAGGUCUGUGAAGGAAACGCUCAGUAGCCAGUUUCUUGACAAUUGCAAAGGGGUCAUUGAGAGACUGACUUUGAAGGAGGAGAAAAUGGUUUGGAACCGCACCACUCAACUCUGGAGCAACACUCAGAAAGUCCUCCACCAGCGCACCAACUCGGUUCCGUUUGCACUCGGUCACCACGAUAACGACAUCACCGCCACCGUAUGUGUCGUGCGCCCCCUUGAAGCCGCAGAGUUAAAUCUGGAGACCACGUACGAGAACUUCCACCCCACCGUUCAGUCCCUGUCCAGCGCCAUCGGCAGCUUCAUCAGCGGCGAGCGACCCAAAGGCAUUCACGAAACGGAAGAGAUGUUGCGCUUGGGCGACAGCGUCACCGGCGUCGGCGAGCUGGUGCUGGAUAACAACGUCAUUAAGCUGCAGCCACCCAAGCAAGGCUUCUUGUAUUUCCUCACUCGGUUGGACUUUGACGCUCUCCUGAGGAAGCAGGAGCGAGACGUCAGACUGUGGCGCAUUCUGACCGUCGUCUUCGGCCUGGCCGCCUGUUCCACCUUCUUCUACCUUUUGUGGAAGCAGUACGAGUGCCUCAGACAGAGAAAGCGCGUGAAGCGCAUGCUUAAAGAGUUUGAGGAGCAAGAGAAGAAAAAUAAGGAGGAGCAAAAUUGGGAGGAAAGCGAUGAGCAGGCCAGCCGGUGCGCCGUAUGCUUGUACCAGGAGCGCUCCUGUGUCUUUCUGGAGUGCGGACACGUGUGUACGUGCACGAGAUGCUACGAGGCUCUGCCGGAGCCAAAGAAAUGUCCCAUCUGCAGGGCCAUCAUAGAUAGGAUGGUGCUCAUCUACAAUACCUAAUACCAAAGGGAUGAGUCAGUUCUCUAUGUCGUCAUGGGGCAAAACUCUUGAAUCAAAACAAGGGUGCAGACAACCGUCAGGUCGUAUCCAUUUAUUGAAUUAUGGCACUUUUGCUUGUCCAUAAUUAUGAACCUAGUAUCCUUCCAAUCAGAUACCAAUGUUUUUUAUGCGUAUACGUACAAUAAACUGACAUCAAUGCACAAUAUAAUGUACUUCCAAUAACUGCUAUUUUAGGCAUGGGGUGGGAGGCGUAACUAGUAAAAGGCACAUUUAAGGUAGUAUUGCACCAGGCAGGCAAGGCUCCCAGCGCACCACUCAGUUGUAAAACUUUCAAAACGACGACAGGAAAGGUGGGGUUGAACGUAACAGCUUCUUAGCAAGUAAUGGCGAGCUGCUCAACGUAAGGUAGAGCAAGUGCAAAAUGAAAGCGAAAGACUUGUUUCUGAUUAAUAGUACAGUACUAGAUUUAAAAAAAGAAGAAGUUGCCAGACAGCUGGCAGCGGCUUCGAAUUUUCACUGCAUUUAUUUUAAGGGUAAGAUGGUUUGAAAGUGCUGAGUUCAUAGUUUGGGCUUUAAACUAUUUAUGUAGGCAAUUCUAAACGUUCCCGAGCGGUGUCUAUGACUCGGGCUUGGAACAGGAGUGUUCGCUGUUUUCCCAAAUUUUUCAUUUGAACUUCUAGGCUUUGUCACGGCUGCCACACCAGAUCAGUUUGCUCAGUGGGGCUCUGAAGCAGACAUGCGUGUGGACACUUGGAGCAUGAGGAAAUCGGGAUGUCGUGAGGCUGACCAAAAACCUGUGCACAAUUAGACUUUGGUGGGAGUGGAUGUCGGUUAUCAUAGAAUCCAAAGGGGCGCAGAUGCGAGGGGGACUGUGUAUGGACCAGUCCAUGGGUCAACCAUUGAGGCGAACUGCGAGAAAUGGAGGUUUAAGUAUGUGUGGAUCUUUGAAGACUUAGAAUUUCCUCAGUUUUAAUUUAAAAAAAAAAAAAAAAAAAAAGGUUAUUUUGUUCUCACCUGUUGUCAAUAUGAUUUUGUGGGAUGUCAGUACCCCAUGGUGAAAAAUGCUCUCCUAAGUUGACGUCACAUCUGCCUUCAAGGCUAUGGUAGGACCCGCCAUCCUCCAGAUGGCUUUUGAAUGAAUCCCUAGGAUGGAAGGUUUUCCAUUUUUUCUCAGAACAACUACAUUUGGAGAGUAACUGAACAAACUCACCUGCGCUGCUUUGUUUUUUUUUCAUUUGCUCCUCUGUUUUGUUGGGCACAGUCCCAAAUACAGCAAGUGAUGAACGCCAAGGACAUGAUACAUAUUAUGCCGAUGCUGAUGAUGGAUGCAAGAACAGCCACGCGGAAACCACCGUCUUUGUACGGAGACAACGCUGAAGAGUGACAAGGAGAACAUAUAUUUCAUGGUUAGAGAAGCCUGAAUGUGUUAUGUCCUUAUGUAGAAAGAGUUGAGUCUGAGCAAGAAGAAUUAAACCAUUUUAAACGUU